GGAAAAAUACAUAGUUAGCUACAAGCAGAGGAUAGGACGAACCAAACUCAACUUACAGAGAAGAGAGAAGAGAAGAGAAGAGGAGAAAAUCCUUUUACCAGAGUGAGUUGUUCAAAUGGCGUCCAAGUUGUGCGACUCCUGCAAAUCAGCCACGGCCACUCUCUUUUGCCGGCCUGACUCUGCGUUUCUCUGCUCUAAUUGUGACUCCAAAAUCCACGCGGCCAACAAGCUCGCCUCGCGUCACGCUCGGGUUUGGGUGUGUGAAGUCUGCGAACAAGCGCCAGCUCAUGUCACCUGCAAGGCCGAUGCGGCGGCUCUAUGCGUCACCUGCGACAGAGACAUCCACUCCGCUAACCCUCUAGCUCGCCGACAUCAGCGGGUCCCUUUGACCCCCUUCUACGAUUCCGUCAACUCAGUCCCACCCGUCAAGCCCAACGGAGCCUAUAACUUUUUGGACGAGCGUUACUUCUCGGACCGGGAUGGAGACGCUGUCGUGAGCACGGAGGAAGCCGAGGCGGCCUCGUGGCUGCUUCCCAACCCCAACCAUAAGGUUGUGGAGAGCGCGGACGUGAAUACGGCUCAAUACGUGUUCUCGGAGAUGGAUCCGUAUCUGGAUCUGGAGUAUGGGCCUGUGGAUCCGAAAAUUGAAGCUCAGGAGCAGAACAGCUCUGGAACUGACGGAGUGGUCCCUGUCCAAAGAAAGGGCGUCCAAGCUCCGCUGGCUAACGAUCACUGCUACGACAUGGACUUCACUGGUUCCAAACCCUUCGCUUAUGGCUACAACCCUCAUUGUCUAAGCCACAGUGUAUCAUCAUCAUCGUUGGAUGUUGGGGUGGUGCCAGAGGGAAGUACGAUGAUGGACAUAUCAGACCCGUAUGGAAGAUGGGCAGAGUCAACGCAUCAGACGCUGCAGCUUUCAUCAGCGGACAGAGAAGCGAGGGUGCUGAGGUACAGAGAGAAGAAAAAGAACAGAAAAUUCGAGAAGACAAUCCGUUAUGCCUCCAGAAAAGCUUACGCAGAGAUGCGGCCUAGGAUUAAAGGAAGGUUCGUGAAGCGCACUGACAUCGAAGUCGAAGUGGAACGCAGUAACAUGUAUGGAUUCGGAGCCGUUCCGUCGUUUUGAAAUGAACGUCUCCGCUCUCCAACCUAAUCCGCUUCUGCUGUAGUAAUAUUUUAUGUUAACUUUUUGGAAUUCUAAUUUUCAAGUGUUUUAAUUCACUUCGCUACUCACUGGUCAAUGUUUAUAUAUGUAAUUCUCUCUUUUGUCCCGAGGGUUUAUGGGAGAAGGAUUUGGGUUUUUAGGUUUCUUUUUUUUUUUUUUUUUUUUGGCAGUUUAUUAAAUUGAUGUUUCUGUUCUAUAUACAAGUAGGUGACGAAGGUAAUGUAAUCCAACCAACGAUUUGAUUUUGUACAUGUUUUAAUGUAGCAAUUAGUGUUUUUUUCCCUCUUGCUUUUAUACUAUGUUGUUGCAUGUGGAUGGUGGUGAUGAUGAUG